AUGUAUAUCCAGAAAUGGUACCCUAAUGCAGGAAGAGAGGAUAAGUUUGUGGUCCAAGUUCCAGUUUGGAUAAAGUUACCUGGGCUCCCUAUGGAAUAUUGGGAGGAAGAUGUGUUUGUUGGAAUAGCCAAUUCUUUCGGGGAGCUUAUCGCCAUUGAUCCAGUUAUGGCAUCCAGAAGAAGACUUAUUUAUGCUAGAAUUUGUGUAGGAGUUGAGCCCGAAAUGGAUAUGCCAGAGGAAAUAGAGAUAGAAUCAAAACUAGGCAAACCGAUGCAGAAUAUUGUUUAUGAAUCAAUCCCUUUUGCAUGCUUUCACUGUAAGAAAGUUGGGAACUGGGCUAAAAAAUGCCCAAGUAAUGUGGUCAAAUCUCAAUCCCAAACUAAAGUGUGGAAAAAGGUGGACAACUCUUUGAAAGCCUCGCCUUCUGAUGGACUGGAUCAGGAGAAACAGUCCCGGGUAGGAAGAACAAAGAAGGUGUUAGUCAGAGAGUUGGGAAAUGAAACGAAGAAAGGAGAUAAUGAUAAUAUCUUCCAUCAGGAAAAGGAGUAG